AUGAAGUUGCUCGGCGUCAAGCUGAAAGAUGCGGUCCAGGAUGGCGCCAACGCCGCACACUCCGGAGAUUCCAUCCUGCCCGUCCACAUCGGUGAUGAAGGCGUCGCCGACGGCCACCCCGCCGCGUCUGAAAGGCUUCGUGAUCGGAUACCCGCUCGGCAAAAGGCUGCGGACGCCUACGUCAAGUCUUUGUUCCCUUUCCUGGGCUGGAUCGGCCGGUACAAUCUACAAUGGCUCGCCGGCGAUGUGGUUGCCGGUGUCACUGUCGGUAUCGUCGUCGUACCUCAGGGCAUGGCUUACGCCUUGUUGGCGGAGCUAGAGCCCCAGUUCGGACUCUACUCCUCCUUCAUGGGAGUCAUGAUAUACUGGGUUUUCGGGACGUCAAAGGAUAUCUCCAUAGGACCUGUCGCCGUCCUGUCCACGGUAGUCGGUAGCGUAGUUCGGGAUGUCGUCUCCUCACCAGAGGGAAAAGACAUUGCGCCCCAUCUUGUCGCCUCAGCGUUGUCCAUAGUUGCCGGAUCCAUCGUUCUGUCAAUUGGCCUUCUCCGCGGGGGUUGGAUCGUCGACUUGAUUUCCGUAACCUGCCUAUCAGCCUUCAUGACCGGUUCCGCCAUUACCAUCGCUGCCGGACAGUUGCCUUCCCUUCUGGGUUUGGCCGGCUUUUCCAACCGAGAUUCUGCGUUCGACGUCUUCGUCAACACAUGGAAGCAUCUCUCUGAAGCAAAACUCGAUGCCGCCGUGGGGCUUUCCGCCCUCUUCCUCCUAUACCUCAUCCGACAUACCCUGGCAUCUGCUGCUGAGCGGUAUCCCGGCCGCAAGCGCUUCUUCUUCUUCAUCAGCACCAUGCGGACCGUCCUUGUCAUCGUCUUGUAUACCAUCAUCAGCUGGCUGGUCAACAUGGAUUCAAGAGAAAACCCUCGUUUCCGCCUUUUGGGAACUGUCCCCAAGGGAUUUUGCAACGUCGCCGUUCCCGAGCUGUCCAGAAACUUGGUCUCGCAUUUCGCAUCCCAUCUCCCCGCUACUGUCGUGGUCAUGCUCGUCGAGCAUGUUGCCAUCUCCAAGUCCUUUGGCCGAGUUAACAACUAUACCAUAGAUCCCUCACAAGAAAUGGUAGCCAUUGGCAUGACGAAUGUCUUGGGACCCUUUCUCGGCGGUUAUCCAUCCACCGGGUCUUUCAGCCGAACGGCAAUCCAGUCCAAGGCUGGUGUUUGCACACCGGCUGCUGGCAUCGUCACGGGUCUUGUUGUCCUUUUGACAACCUACCACUUGACCGCGGUCUUCUUUUACAUCCCCAGCGCCACCUUGGCCUCUGUCAUUAUCCACGCGGUAGGAGAUCUCGUUACGCCACCCGAAACCGUCCAGCAAUUCUGGCGCGUGUCACCCAUGGAGGUUUUCGUCUUCUUCGUGGGGGUGUUUGUCAGCGUGCUUUCUCAGAUAGAAGAUGGCCUCUAUGCCACUGUUUCUAUUUCGGCAGCGGUUCGUCUAUACCGCAUAUUGAAAGCCCGAGCCCAGUUCCUGAGCACGGGGCGGUUUCGUUCACUCUUCGGAGAACAUGUCGUCGGCGAUGAUCCCAAGAUUUCUGCAGAAUAUGGCACCUUUCACGUGUCUGGGGGAGACUCGUCAAGAAACAGCUCCCUUCCAAUUGGCCACGGAGAGAGGUCCAACCUCCAGAAUUGA